AUGGAGGCAAAUGGUGAAAACAACGAACUUAGAUUAGCCAUUUCCUCUUUUGAAGAAAGUAAAAGAAAGCUCUAUGAAGCAUCAAAGAUUGGGUCCAUUCAAAGCUUGAAAACACUAAUUCGAGGCGACCCAAAUAUCAUUCAAAGAGUUCUAAUCUCUUCAUCCAAUGUUGAGAGUCCAUUGCAUGUCUCAGUUUUACAUCACCACCUUGAAUUCACUCAAUUUCUUUUGAAUCUCGUGCCUGAACUUGCGGGAGAAGUUGAUGACCUGCAAAGGACACCUCUCCACUUAGCUUCUGAAAAUGGAACGGUCGAGAUUGUUCAAGCUUUGCUGGAGAAGAACACAAGCACUUGCAUGGUUCGUGAUUUGAAUGGGUUGAUUCCUCUCCACCAUGCAGUGAUUAAUGGAAGAAUUGAUAUCAUUCAACGGUUGAUCAUUGCGAGGCCAAGAUCUCCUUGGGUUAAGCUUUACAACUGUCAAACUAUUUUUCACUUAUGCAUAAAACACAACCAUUUGGAAGCUCUUAAGUUGUUGAUCACAAUGAUUGAAGAUCCACAAAAUUAUGGGUUUCUCAACCAAGGCGAUGAGAAUGAAAAUAUCAUUUUGGAUUUGUCUAUGAUGUUAAGACGAACUGAGGUAUGUUAUUAUACUGAAUUAUAG